GGCACUCAGGGAAAACCUGGAAAACCAGGGAAAAGUUUUAAAAAUUUAGAAAAUCAGGGAAUACCUGGAAAAGUUAGGGAAUAUUUGUUAAAAAUCUGUAAAAUCAGGGAAAACUCAGGGAAUAUUUUUCAGUUUUUUAUUUAGCUUGAAGUUAUUUUGCAAAAUACGCAUUUUGAGUGUUUAUUGUUGUUGAAAAUUGCUCACUAAAGUGGUUUUUUAACUUUUAUAUUAUAUAGUAACUAUAUGUUUAGCUAAAUGUAUAAAUAAAUAUAAUAAUAUAAGACAUGACUUCAGAAAAGACUUAUUUUCAAGAGGAUUGGUUACAACAAGAUAUUUAUAAAGAUUGGUUAGUUCCCAACGCACAUGCAAAAACUAAAGCUCAUUACAAAAAAUGUAAAAAAUCAUUUGAAUUGUCCAAUAUGGGUAUUCAGGCUGUUAAAAGUCAUGCAGCAGGUAAGAAGCAUCAGUCUGCUACAAAGCCUGCUAGUUGUUUCUUUAUUAACGGAAAAGAGUUGCAUGCUGAACCACUUGGAAGUGAUGAAAAAAUAUCCACAUUUUUCACCAAAAAACAAGCAACUAUUGUCUCUUUAAUUAAAUCAUCGUUAUCAACUAAUGCUGAGAUCAUAUGGGCCCUGAAAUCUACAAUGAGCUGCUACUCUAAUAACUCAUGUGCAAACUUUUAAAAAGAUGUUUCCUGAUAGCAAGGUAGCAGAAGAUUUCACUAUGAGCACCUCAAAAGUAUCAUACAUUGUUAACCAUGGACUAGCCCCAUACUUCAAGACACUUUUAAAAGAAGAAAUCACAAAGUCUGAUUGUUACAUUGUAUCUUUUGAUGAGAGUUUAAACGACAUAACCCAAACUUGAGAGAUGGAUCUACUAGUU